AUGAGAGAAGUGACGGCGGAAAUUCGCGAUCUCGAAAUUUUGAUUGAUGAUGCAGUUCACGAAGGUUGCGUGACAUCUGAGAAUCGGACGCGCGGAUUCGCGGCGAAAUUGGAUGAAACGAAUCCCCUGGGAUACUUGCGGGGACACUAUUUUAUCCCCAAAAUCAAAGACCUCGUCAAACAAUUUGAUGAUGAAAACAAGGAAGCAAUAUACUUUAACGGGAAUUCUCUAGGAUGUCAACCAAAAGCGACUGCGAGCCACAUAACAUCAGUUUUAGAAAACUGGAAAGUAAAGGGGAUGAAUUGCCAUUUUCAAGGAUAUCUUCCUGCCGCUCUUUGUGAUGAGGAAAUACAAAAUCUUAUAUUGCCGAUUGUAGGCGCCAAAGCUGGCGAAGUUGCUUUAAUGAAUAGCCUCAGUGUUAAUCUUCAGCUUCUUCUGCUUGCAUUCUAUAAGCCAAGUGGACGACGGCGAAAGAUUAUAAUUGAGAAGCAUGCUUUUCCUUCGGAUUACUAUCUAGUGGCCUCUAGAAUUGAACUAGCAGGGCUUGACCCAGAUGAAUGCCUUAUGGAAAUCAGUCCAAAAGAAGGGAGGCACACUCUGGAUCAUGAAGAUAUUCUGCACGCCAUCGAAGAGACUGGUGAUGAAUUAGCUUUAGUCCUUUGGCCACCUGUUCAAUAUUUUACCGGUCAAGUUUUCAAUAUUGAAGAAAUCAUCUCUGCAGCCCAUAAUGUUGGAGCCUAUUGUGGACUAGAUUGUGCACACGGUAUUGGAAAUAUAGAAUUAAAGUUGCAUGACUGGAAAGCUGAUUUUGCCGUUUGGUGCGGAUAUAAGUAUUUGAAUGGGAGUCCCGGAACUGUUGGUGGAGCGUUUCUCCAUUCCUCAAUUGAUGCAAAAACGCUGAUAAAAUCAAGAGGCUGGUGGGGACACAAGCUUGAUUCCCGCUUCAAGAUGGAUAACAAUUGGGACGGUUCUGGUGGAAUAAGCGAGUUUCGACUUGGUAACCCACCUCCUAUUCAAAUGGCGACGCUAGUCGCACCAUUAGAACUUUUCAACAGACAUUCAAUGAGUCAAUUCGAAGCGGUGGGAAAACUCCUUUCAGGUUACCUUAUAUCACUCUUGAGAGCAGUUGUUGGAUCACGAAUCACCUUCAUUACUCCACAUACUGAUGUCGAUAGUAGAGGAUGUCAAGUAAGCUUCACUCUGACAAGCGGGAAGCCAGAGCCGAAGGCAGUGUUUCGGGAUCUAAGAGAACACGGUGUGGUCUGCGAUUUCCGCGAGCCAGGAAGCAUUCGCCUUGCACCUGUCCCGAUGUACAAUAAGUUUACUGACGUUUUCGACUUUGUGAAUAUUCUCAAAAAUAUUCUCCACCCAGAAUAA